UUUGGAACGAAUCCUUUUAAUAUUUUUAAAAGCAAUAGUUUCACCAACCCUACAAGCAGAGUGUUGAAGUGUGUCUUUUGAGAAAUAGAAAGAAGUGUAUCUUUUUGGAAGAAGCAGUGUUUUAGAGAGAGAGAGAGAUGGCUUGCAGGCAGUUAUGGGCUUCAAGAGCUGCGUCCUACCUCAGGAUCUCUGUGUUUCACAGAAGCUUCUCGAGUGUUUUGAAAGAUCUGAAGUACGCCGAUUCUCAUGAGUGGGUGAAAGUUAAUGGAAAUUCUGCAACUGUUGGCAUAACUGAUCAUGCCCAAGAUCAUCUGGGUGAUGUUGUGUAUGUUGAAUUGCCCGAAGUGGGAGCUACCGUAACACAAGGGGAUAGUUUUGGUGCAGUUGAGAGUGUGAAGGCGACUAGUGAUAUUAACUCUCCUGUUUCAGGAAAAGUAGUUGAAGUUAAUGAAGAACUUCAUAGUGCCCCUGCUUUGGUCAACUCAAGCCCUUAUGAAAAUGGAUGGAUAAUUAAAGUUGAGAUGAGUGACAAUGGAGAACUAAACAACCUGAUGGAUUCAGAAAAAUACUCCAAAUUCUGUGAAGAAGAAGAUUGCAAGCAUUGAUAGCUUUUCCAAUUGCCAAGAGCUUUUUGGUACCCUUAAUCAUGUUGAUCAUGUUAAAUUAGGGAAGUUAAGAAUUGCUUGAUUUCUCCUCCUUUCGUUCGUGUGUCUUGAAUAUAUUUUAUUUCUCGUGAGCUUCAAAUUCAGUGGGGUAAUAAUUUUCCCUCUUUGCCUUCGAAGUAUGAAAUUGAUAAUUUGGGAAAUCAUAUCUUUCUUGAAGUUGUAACAAAUUGUUUGAUGAAUUUUAUUAGGCUUAAAUAUGUUUAUGGUAUCUAUUUUAUUGUUUUAGUUAUAAUAAAAUU